AUGUCCUCCGCAACGCAAACAACCGGCUUCCUCUCCUUCAACCGCCGCCCGCCCACCAUCCACAUCCUCGGCACGGACCCGACGAUCGCGCCCCAGCUCCUCGCCGCCUACCGCGCCGAAUCAUUCAGCGUGCACUACCACGGGCUGCCGUCGCCGACGCCCUCCGAAAAAGACAGCAAAGCGUUCAAAGCGCUGCUAAAAACGCUGCCAGACCCGCUCGCACUAGGCGAGUACUUUGCCAUUGUGGCCUUCGGCGCCGCCGCCACCCUCGCCCUGCAAGUCGCCCAGAAACCCUGGAACAAGCUCGCCGCCCUCGUCGCGUACUAUCCUUCCUUGCUCCCUAGCCCCGGCUUCAAGUACCCGUCCGGCUUGCCGCUGGUGCUGCAUUUGGCCGGCGCGCAACAGGCGGGCACGGGUGGCAGCACGCGCGCGUUUUGGUAUCGUGGCACCGAGCCCGGGUUCGCGGAGGAGGAUCUCGAGGAGUGGGAUGAGGUUGCGGCGGGGCUGGCUUGGAGCCGCACCCUCGCGGUCGUGAGGAAGGGCUUUGGUAUCAGCAGCGAGUUUGAGAUGGAGGACUUGGUCGAGCAGCAUAAUAAGCGUGAGUUUUUGCUCUUGGCCCUUCCCUGCUGA